AUCCAUGCUACCACCACCAAUUGGGCCGCCCCUUUUGAGCUGAGAGCGGACGGCAGAAAUCUUAUCCGGGUCGGCCGCAGUUGGCUCGAUUUCGACGUGGCCAGAGAGUUGAACAUACGCCCAAAGGAGGGUUUCUGCACCAUUGCACCCUCAUCCUCUUGUUAUUUUGCAGGAGAAGAACUCUGCCCCUCUCGCGAAACCGCCGACAUCUCCUGGAGCAUUCAGCCACAAGUAUGCCCCAAGCUCUCCUCAGUUACCCGUUCCCUUGCCUUCGAGUGUUCCUCGGAGACGAGGGAUGAUUGGGACCGGGGCUGUUCCCGAGACCAUCGUGAAGGCAAAAGGCCAACGCUUUGCUCCUUCAAAGUCGCUCUCAACAGCUCUAGCCCAUGGGGAGCGGUUGCGAAGCAGAGAAUGCCUGCAGAUAAACCUUUCCCAUCUAAUCACCCCCACGCUCGUAAACAAUCUAUACAAUGGGAUCAAGCAGAACUCGAGCACGGCUCCACUUUACAUCCAAACACCCUUCCUCUUGAAUCUAUCAGCGAGUCUGGAACUCCAAGUCCCUCGUCUCCAUCCCCCAGCUUUUCGGAAGCCACUACCCAGUCGCUACAUCUCCAAGGGUCUCAAGGGACGUCUUCGCAAGCAGCUUCUCGAGGUCUAGGUAUCGAUUUUCCCUCGUCAGCCCCCGCUGAAAGUAGAAAGGGCACAAAAUCAUCUUCUACAGGCACUCUGCCUAUAUAUG